AUGUACUCAAUUAGGACCUCUCCGGGACUACUUUCAACAAGUUUUAAAAGUCACAGACAUAUUUUUGGAUCCGGGGGAAUCUUUAUUCAUCGCAGCAUUCAGCCGGCAAUCCUCAGAUCACAAAAGAGAAGUACGCAAUCGGACGUGUUUCAACGAUCAUUUCAUGCUACAUAUCGGGCAUUGAACAUUCAACCUCCUAAACCUCAGCCUAAGUCCGACUUUGCCUCAACCACAAAGGAGAAAUUCCAACUCACAAAGAGUAAAUUGCUUGCUCAGGCUUCCGGGCCACUUUCUCGGCUACUUAUUCACAUAAAAUGGCCUUUAAAGAGAAAUAACAAGCCUUUCUCCAUUGACGAUAUGUCUGCUAUGUUUUCUUGGGUAGUCAUGGGCAAUGUGUUGUGGAUUCUUCUUGGAACCACGACCUUUGGCCUCACUUUACUCUACUCAUUACACACAUUUGACAGCUUAGUCAAUAAGAUCCUUGCAUAUUUCAAUCACGAUAAUGACGAUAAUAACGACAACAAUGAUCAAAACAAAAAGGGCGGCAAAGCCUCCGGCCCUCAAAAAGAUGACAGUAUAUUGGGGUACUUAACAAGUUCUAUUUUAUCCCAUGGCCUAGGAAUCAAAAUUGAGUUUGAAAAGAAGGGUAUUCUUCCCGAAUUCAACGAUGGGAAACUCAUCUUCAAGAACAUUAGACUCAAAAGUUUGGAUAAUGAACACUCCAAUGUUUCUUUCAGCUGUGACGUUCAAUCUUUGAGUCUCUCGUUGUCAUUCGGCAAAUGGUCCGAUGGACAUGGGUUAAUCAAGGAUUUGGAAAUAUUUGGACUCAACGGGAAAGUGUUGAAGAAAUACGAAUUGCACCUGUCACUGGUGGACACCGCUUCGCCAUUUGUCUUCAGAAGAUUGCAUGACUCGAUUCAUUUCCAAUUCGAUAUGAGUGACCAAAAAGAUGUAUUGGCUUCUCCGAAAAAGCCAAGAGUAGAUCCCAACUAUGAAUUAAAUCUGGUCAAGAUCCAUGAUUCUUACUUUGAAGUAUUUGACUCCAAGACUCAAGAUGAACCAUUGAAAUUUUCCAUCUUCAACUGUGAGCUUCCCAAACUCACUGGUAAGUCUUUACUUGUUGACUUUUUCAAUGCUUCCAAUGUUACUGGAUCAAUAAACGGUUCCAUGUUCACAAUUCAUAAGAAACAGGACUAUAAUGCUAGACCUUCUGAGAACACCAUCAGAUUCAAAUUGGAUGGAAUUGAUAUGGGAGGCUUGGCACAUAGCAAUCCUCAGCUGAAGUUCAAUUGGAUAUUGAAUGGGAAAGCAGAGAUUGUGGCUGAUAUCCGAUUCCCAAGUCCGGGUGUUGAGGAGAAUUCUUUGUUCAAGAUUGAGUACAAGAGAUUUGCUGAAAUCAUCAACAGAGUAUUUUAUGAUCUUGGUACAAUUAACAACAAGAACGAUGAACCUAUCACCAAAAGAGAUGACUCUCAUGAUGAUGCAAAGUUGAUGAAAGGAGCUCUACAAGCAAUAUAUCAGACCUUUAAUAUGGACCAAGAAGAUAACCGUCAAAUUGUCUCCAGUGAGUUCAAUCUGGAAUAUGUGUUUAUCGAUGCCAAAGUCAAGUUCUAUAACCUUCAGGCUACCUUGCCCAAAGAAUUGCCUUUGGCUUCCACUGGUAAUGUUCCAUUCUUGAACUUGCAUGAUUUAAGGUCCCUUGUAUCAUAUAUUAACAAAAUUGACACCGAAAACAAACCUCCUAUUACAAUGAAGACCAUGGUGAUUGAGAAGCUCGAAGAUCUUUACAAUGUUGAGCACUUGACCCAGACAAGAGUUUUCGAUGUUAUAGUUAGUGAAAUCUAUGAAGAGUUCCUCAAGAUGGUUAAAAUGGAUGAAGAACGUAUCAUCAGUGAGAAGUCUUCAUUAUGGUCCCACUCAGUUGCUAGCCAAUUGUUGUUACUUGGUUUGGGUGCCAUAGUCUAA